AUGAGAGAUGAAAAUUUCAAGAAAAGCAAGCUCUCAUGGUCAAAGAAACUGGUUAGAAAAUGGUUCAAUAUCAAAUGUAAAAGUGAGGAAUUUCAGGCUGAUGAAGUUGUUUAUAGAGGGGGUGAUUUUGAAUGGAGGAAUAGCUUUGCGGAGAGGGAACCCUGCACAAUCAAGAAAAGCAGAACAGAAAAAUCAGCCAAGAACAUUGAGCGUCCGCGAUCUCGUUCCCGUUCGAGACGAGGGAGAGGUUAUCUUGAUCACCCUCAGAUAAUAAAUGUCCAGAAUUAUAGCCUCUUUGUCUCAACAUGGAAUGUGGGAGGAAAAUCACCGCCCAGCAACAUGAAUCUAGAUGAUUGGCUACAUUCUGCACCUCCUGCAGACAUUUAUGUACUGGGAUUUCAAGAAAUAGUUCCUUUGAAUGCCAGUAAUAUUCUAGGCGCUGAAGACAAUGGCCCUGCUAAAAAUUGGCUCCAUCUUAUAAGGAAAACGUUAAACAAUGCUCCGGGAACUAGUACAGGCAGUGGGUGUUAUACACCAUCUCCUAUCCCUGAUCCAAUUGCAGAAUGGAAUGCAGAUUUUGAGGGAUCAAUCAGGAAAAAGGCCUCUUCUUUGUUGCACCGUCGAUCUUUUCAGACACCACAACAUUGGAGAAUGGAGAAUGAUGUCCCGCAACCUCGCCUUGAUCGGCGAUUUAGUGUUUGCGACCGGGUAAUUUUUGGUCAUAGGGCUAGUGAUUUCGAUCCAAAUAUCAGAUAUAGGCCAAGCGACUGUUCCUCUAGUCAGAGGCCAAGUGACUACUCUAGUCGCCGUCCAAGUGACUACUCCUCUGGUCACCGUCCAAGUGACUACUCCUCUGGUCGCCGUCUAAGUGACUACUCCUCUGGUCGCAGGUCGAGUGACUAUUCGUGGAGCCAAAGGCCUAGUGACUACUCGUGUGGUCAGAGGCCAAGUGACUUCUCUAGAUGGGGUUCAGAUGAGGAUUAUAUGCCUGGUAAUUCACCCAGUACAGUUUUGCAUUCAGCAAUGCCCUACAAUGGACAUGCACCAAUGGAAGAGGGAUACAGACUGCCCGAGCAUUCGAGAUACUGUUUAGUUUCCAGCAAGCAAAUGGUAGGCAUUUUUCUCACAGUAUGGGUUCGGAGUGAAUUGCGGGAACAUGUGCGGAACAUGAAAAUAUCGUGUGUUGGCAGAGGAUUGAUGGGUUACCUGGGAAAUAAGGGCUCCAUUGCGAUCAGCAUGUUAUUGCAUCAGACUAGCCUUUGUUUCGUGUGCAGCCACUUGACUUCAGGUCAGAAGGAUGGUGAUGAGCUACGUAGAAAUGCUGAUGUUAUGGAAAUCCUAAGGAAAACGAGGUUCCCACGAGUUAACACCAUCAGCGAAGAGAAAUCCCCAGAAACAAUCCUUGAACACGAUCGGGUUAUUUGGAUUGGCGAUCUGAACUAUCGAGUCGCACUGCCCUACCGGUCCGCCAAAGCACUUGUUGAGAUGCAAAACUGGAGAGCAUUGUUAGAAAGGGACCAGCUGCGGAUUGAGCAGACACGAGGCCGAGUUUUUGAUGGAUGGAAAGAAGGGAAGAUAUAUUUCCCUCCAACGUAUAAAUAUUCACAUAAUUCAGACAGAUACACAGGUGAUGAUAUUCACCUAAAAGAGAAAAGGCGGACACCUGCAUGGUGCGAUCGAAUUCUAUGGCAUGGAAGUGGCCUUCAGCAGUUGUCAUACUUCCGUGGAUUGAGGUGGAAGAGCUGUUACCAUACUCGCAUGGUUAUACAGAGCUCUGCUUUUUUUGAAGGAGGAUAUGAUUGUAAACUUAAGAUACAGGUGGCAAUUGUUUUAAAGAAACUCAACUUAAAAUUUGUGUUCUAUUCUCUAAUUUUAUUGUUUUCUGCUCAGUUCGAUUCAAUUUCAAGAUUUACCGCUUCCCACUCGACUGCAUCUCUAAGUUUCAUACUGCAAUUUCAAUCCUCCUUUAUCAGGACAAAAAUGAACCGAAUGGCAAGUGGGAAUGCAAGAUUGAAUUCUUUUUACUCGACGAUUCUUUACGGAUAA